CAUAUAUUUUCGAGAGGCGCCGGAACACAGGGUUGAGCGACGAUUCAUCGUUUACAUCAAUCAGAACUCGAGUUCCUAUUAGAGAGAAAUCCUAUAUAGUUUCAUUAAUUUUUAAUCUAGAUUCAUAUAAGAGUAGAUCUUGUGCGAUAUACACCACCUUUUCCGAUCAAUAACAUCAAAGAGAUCAUUUUCUUACAGCAAUCUCAUACGGUAACGUGGGUUUGGAUUAGGCUCUCUAGUUUCUACUACCCUCUUUCAUGGCGUCUUUUGAUAAAGGUGACUCAGUGGAUUGGUAUGCAAGCACUUUCAGUGACAGGAGACAGCUUGUCUAUAGUCUGUCGAAAGGUUCUGUUAGAGCCUUUAGAAAAGUCUUGCAGGACUGGUCUUGUGAUGCGAUUCGAGAAGUGUUAAAUGCAGAAUCAGAGAAAGUAAGAAAACACACCGGCUUGACGAAAAUUGAGAUCAUCAACAAGCUUUUCAAAACCGUAUCAGAGAAAAACACUGGAGAUUUGGAGGUAGAAGAGAUGCCUUCAUCAUCAAAAAGACAGAGGAAAGAUCUUGGUCCUUUGCACGAUGUGACUCCCUCAGCUAAAAUUAAAGGAGCAGCAGGUGACUCAACCGGAAUCAAUAAAAUGAGUGCCGAUCAAAGGAAACAGCUCGUCUAUGAACUGUCGAAAGAUUCCAGUGUUGCCUUAAAAAAUGUUUUGCAGGACUGGCCCUGCGAUGAGAUUCGAGAGAUAUUGUGUGCAGAAUCAGAGAAUGGACUAAAAUACACAGGAUUGACGAAAGAUGAGAUCAUUAACAAGCUUUUUAAAACCUUAUCAAAGAAAAACACUGGAGAUCCUGAGGUAGAAGAGAGGGAUUCAUCACCAAAAAGACAGAGUAAAGAUUCUGAUCCUUUGCAAGAUGUGACUCCGUCAGCUAAAACUAAAGGGAAUGGUACUAUCCGCUGUAAAAACUUGGCUUGCCAGGCUAAACUGAGAAGGGGAAACACUUUUUGCCGAAGGUGCUCCUGUUGUGUCUGCCAUAAGUAUGAUGACAAUAAAGAUCCUAGUCUCUGGUUAACCUGCAAUUCGGAUUCUUCAUUAGACGAUGAAUCUUGUGGCUUGUCGUGCCAUCUGAAUUGCGCUUUCAAGAGUGAAAAUUCGGGUAUGAAGGAGGAUAACAUUAGUAAUGAUGUUGAUGGAUACUACCUUUGCGUCUCCUGCGGAAAAAGGAAUUGUCUACUCGAAUGUUUGAAGAAGCAACUGUUAGUUGCCAAGGAAGAACGAAGAACAGACGUACUUUGUCUUCGUCUUCUCUCGGCUCAGAAGCUCCUAAAGGGCACAAAGAAGUACAGUGUUAUAUUAAAUAAUGUGGAGAAAGCUUCGAAGUAUUUAGAAACUGAACUCGGUGGUCCUCUUACUGGUCCUCCAUCAAAUAUGAGUAGAGGGAUCGUUAACAAACUUGUCUGCGUAAAUAAAGUGAAGGUAGAAUGCGCUUCUGCUUUGAAAGAGAUUGAUCGUCAACUUCUGUCUUCUAAGAUGCAAAGUUCGUGGAAGAUGAGAUUUGAGAAUGUUUUCGCGAAUUCUGUCACUUUGGUUAUUGGAGCUGAAGAAUCUUCCUCAAGGGACACCACCAUUCAUUACACUGUAUGGCAUCGUAAGAGCUCAGAGAAAGACUACCCAAGAGAUUGGACUUGUGAAUUGUUCAGUCCAGACACAAGGUAUGAGGUCUUUGGUCUAACUCCAGCUACAGAUUAUUGCUUCAAAGUUGUUUGCUUUAGCGGCGCCAAAGAAUUGAGCGUAGAUGAAUCCACAGUCUCUACACUAAACCUCGAAGAUGAAGUAAUGUCAAAUAUUCUACUUGGCUUUAAAAGCGGUAUUACCGACUGCAACAAUCUUUCACCUCCACCGCCUUUAGUGGGACCUGAAUUCAACAGUGAAGGCCAAAGGCAAAAAAAGGAUCACCUCGAAGAAGAAGUAGCGACCGAAGUUUUAACUGGUUCUGAUGUCAUACAGAUGAAGCAAAACAAUUCUAGUGAAGAAAAAGAGUUGGUCCUGGAGGAUUUGUCCAUCCCUCCGCCCCCUAGAUUCAGGUCAGACGAACUCAAUGACCGUGAAGAUAGACCCGAGAAUGCGAAUAAAAUGGAGGACAUAGCAAGCUGCAGCAGUUUUUCGUUCGAGCAAGGUGUAAAGCUCAUUAGGCAGCUUGAGUGCUCAGGCCAAGUUACAAGUGAGUUUAGACGGAAGUUUCUCACCUGGUACAGCUUAAGAGCCACAGCUAAGGAGAAAUAUGUGGUCCAAACGUUCAUCGAGACAUUCGGGGAAGAUACAAAAGCUCUGGCUGAACAGCUCAUUGAUACAUUCUCUGAUUGCAUAACAAGAAAGCGUCCUGCGGUUGAUAGUGGCAUCUGAUGAUAAAGCAUUGAUCCAAGUCUUUUUAUUUCAACUCUCUUUUGGACUAUUUUGAAAGGAUUCAACUUUUCUUUCUUCUUCAGUUGGGAUUUUUUUAAGCAUUAUUUGAUACAGAAGUUUUUUAAUAUUGA